AUGGCGGGGAGCCCAGGCCCACACAGACCACAGAAGCAAGUGAGAGAAGAGACCCGGCGGAUCCUGGAAGCGUUCCUACAAGGCGCACUGAGCCCCAGAGACGCAGGGCCCCCGGGUCACGUGGGCCGCACCUACCAUGACCCCCAAAGUUACAUACACAGGUCCCCAACUGAGCAUGCGCCGCACUGUCCAGCCUGGACCAGCAUCCACGAAGAGAUUAACCACGCAGAAGAAAGAAAGCACAACUUCCGUACCAGUAUCAAGAAGCUGUUGCGGCGGAAGCCUAGUCCCCGAACUCCCCCCGAUGGCCUCCCUCCCUCCAAGGGCUCCUUAAAGCGGUCCAAAUCUGGAGGGGAAGGAGGAGCCCACCAGAAGCGCUCCUUUUCCUUCAAGAGCCUUCUAAAGAAGAAAGGAGCUUCCUCGGGGGAGACGGGAUGCCCUGCCGAGCCCGGUCAGCGCCCUGACUCCUUGCCUGUAAGCUCCUGCUACUGUGAGCAACUUCAAGCUGGCCCGCCGGAGCCCCAAACAACUAAUAACGAGGCAGAGGAGACGGAGUUUUAUACACUCGUGGCCCAGAAACUGGACCACUUGGUAAAGCAGCAGCAGCUGAUCAGCCCUUCCGCUGGAAAAGGCUUGCCUUCCCCAGCAGACCGCUUCCAUUCUUCUGCCACAAAUGCUGCCUCUGGCAUUUCAGUUGAUUCGUUUGAGCCGCAGGGAGGCACGAAUGAGAAACGGAAAGAGCAAGUCCUCCAGAAACUGGUCGCCCUCCUCGAAGAACAGGCCGGAAUCAUCAACAAGGAGAUCGAAGCAGACCCACUGCUCCGGAACACCAUCUCCCGCCUGUCUUACCGCAGCUUCUCCCGCAUGGCUGAGGUCUUCACCUCCCGCUCCCCGCCCGGUAUCCCCAGUCCGCAGCUGGCUAAGCUAGCCCUCACCAUGGAGCUGACGCGAAAAGUGGCCGGCAUCAACAGCCACGCUGUGCACACCCUCAUGGGCUACAGCCUGCAAUAUAUGGAUAUGUUUGUGCCGUGGUUACAGCAGCAAGGCGGCUGGGAGAACAUUGUGGCCCAGGAUGAGAUUUUUGACGUGCAAAUUGAUUAACCCUCAAAAAGGAGGUGUGGAGGUGUGAUCUGUACGCUCCCAAUCCCCACCACCAGC